AUGGCAACAGCAUUUAGUUACCACGCCAAGGCGCAAUCUACCUUCAAGCCGCCGCUCAUUGCGAACGAAAAUGCCUUUCUAGGCGAUGUCUUUUCCAGUGACAAGGACAACGCAGAGAAACCUGUCUCAUGUGGUUUCUACCGGCUGGAAAAGGGCACCCCGCUGGAGUAUGAAUACACGUACGACGAGAUGAAAAUCAUCCUGGAGGGCCAAUUUGAAAUCUCCGAUGAGACAGGUCAGAAAGUGACUGCCAGUCCCGGCGAUGUGUUCUAUUUCCCCAAGGGAUCCAAGAUCACUUUCACCACGGACAAUUAUGGCCUGGCGUUCUAUACUGGCCAGCGGGCGGAAGGAGCGGCGUGA